GGAGGGAGAAAGCCCCGGCACUUCCUCGCCCUCCACAUCCCAGCAUCUUUGCAUCACCUGGGCUAUAUCCCGCCCCUCGGAUGCUGACCAAUCCUCUGCAGCCUCCUGUUGCACAUUUAUCCAAUCGGAGAGGUGGGGGACGGGCUUCCGGUCGUCGCUCCGCUAGGAGGCUGAGCCGUAGUUCCCGGAGCCACUUCGAGGCUUCCCGGAGCUUCAUCCACUUUCCUGGUUUUUAAACUACAGCCUGCUUCCUGUAGUCUGAUGACCCAAUUUCACACUCUCCUCCUAAGCUGGAAACUGAUGCACCCAAAUGUCUGUUAUACAGCCUCCGUUGGCUUGAUACGGAUAAAACUGGAAAAGGAUUUUAAUCUAAAAUGGAACUGAAAGAUAUAAAAUGGGGAAUUUCACGCAUGUGCUCUCAGUACAAUGAAGCUUAAAGACUAAGAGACAACAAUAACAACAACAAAAGACAAAAAAAAAAAAAGACUAAGAGGCUGUAAAUGGCUGAUUUAUAAAAGAUUGAACCUCUGACUCUCUCCCCAACUUUGAGCCAGUGAACUCUUCUGCAUGGCCCCUAACUGGACUCUGUCUCCCUUUGUGCACUCCUUGCCCAUAAAUGCAGCCCAGCCUAAACCUUCAGAGGACUCAACUGUAGCUCACCAAAGCUUGCAUAUCCCAAAUUGCAAUAUCUCUGCUACACCAAAAUAAACUUGACUCUUAGUCAUUUGAAUUGGCCUCACUUUACCCUUUUUUUAUUAAAGUGGACAUUACAUGGUAUUGUAAGUGGGAUCAGAGGUCGCCGACCACCAAGAAAUCACAGCCUCUGGAAUCAAUGGAGGUUCCAGCACUUGAGUCCGUUGUGCUCUUUGCUUCUGUGAGUGGCUGUGACUUUGAGUUUGCUAAGUUCCUCUGAGGUCUCAAGCUCUCUCCUUUAUCCUGGAUCUAGAGGGACAGAUUGUCCUUCUGAUUUUUACCACCCUUGGAUACACUCCUGAUAUGGAGAAGAUGGAGGAACAAUUUGCUAAUUUGAACAUUGUUAAACGUUCCUCAGAAACUAAAGAACCUACUUAUCUGCUUGGCAUAGACACGUCAAAGACCAUAUCAGCAGAAAAAGGAAGCUUGGUUGCUGUUUUAUGUUCUAGUGGAUCAAUCCGAAUAUAUGAUAAAGAAAGGUUAAACAUACUACGAGAAUUUAGAGGGUAUCCUGGACUUAAUGGAGUCAAAUUUGCCAGUUCCCAUGACAGCGUGUAUUCAUCCUGUGCUGAUGGCACUGUAAAAUGUUGGGAUGCUCGAUUAGCCAGUAAUAAACCUGUCCAGCUGUUCAAGGGUUACCCUUCCAAUAUUUUUAUCAGUUUUGAUAUCAGCUGUAAUGAUCAUAUCAUUUGUGCUGGUACAGAAAAGGUUGAUGAUGAUGCAUUGUUGGUAUUUUGGGAUGCAAGAAUUAAUUCUCAAGGCUUGUCUGCUCCUAAAGACCCAUUAGGUGCAUAUUCAGAGACACACAGUGAUGAUAUCACUCAAGUAUGUUUCCAUCCCAGAGACCCUAACAUGGUUGUCUCAGGUUCAACUGAUGGCUUGGUAAACGUAUUUGACAUCAGUGCUGAUAAUGAAGAAGAUGCACUCGUUACAACCUGUAAUUCCGUUUCAUCAGUGAGCUCUAUUGGUUGGUCUGGGAAAGAGUAUAAACAGAUUUACUGCAUGACACAUGAUGAAGGAUUUUGUUGGUGGGACCUUAAUCAUCUGGAUACCGAUGAACCAAUUACACGUUUGAACAUCCAGGAUGUCAGACAAGUCAUUAAUGUGAAAGAAGGUGUUUUGGACUAUUUGAUUGGUGGCCUGUAUCAUGAAAAGACAGACAGAUUGUUUGUUGUUGGAGGAACAAACCAAGGAAUUAUUCAUGUAAUGAGCUGUACUGCAUCGGGAUUGGUCCAUGUUACCAGUCUGCAGGGAGGGCAUGCUGCUACAGUCCGAUCUUUCUGCUGGAAUAUGCAGGAUGAUUCUUUGCUAACUGGAGGAGAAGAUGCACAGUUGUUACUUUGGAAACCUGGAGCAACGGAGAAGACAUUUACAAAGAAAGACAGCAUGAAAAUAGCCUCCUCUGUGUACCAGCGAGUCCGAGUUCACAGUAAUGAUUCAUAUAAGAGAAGGAAAAAGCAGUGAUGUUACCUUAGGAGUUGACCUCAUAGGUUUUAGAGUUGCAAACAAUUAUUUCUGUGUACUAUCUGUGCUUAAAGAUCAUCUUUAAAAACAAGCCAGU